CCAAUGCGUCUGAGAACAGAAAUGUGUUGGGAGUUCUGUUUGGAACUGUAUCUGACACAUUCUAUUUCUUCCCCACAGAUGGGCAAUGUGUCAAAAACAGCCCUGUUCGUAUCCACAAUCUCCAGACAGCACGACAUCCUCAUGGGAUCACUUUAUUCAUUGUUCUGUGUCUUGUCACUCCUGGGAAAUGGCAUGCUGUUGUUUGUAGCCUACCGUAAGAGGUCAUCUCUGAAGCCAGCAGAGUUUUUCGUCGUGAACCUGUCUGUGAGUGAUCUAGGGAUGACCCUGUUUCUGUUUCCUCUGGCCAUCCCUUCUGCUCUAGCACACAGGUGGUUGUUUGGGGAGGUAGCAUGUCUGUGCUAUGCUGUGUGCGGGGUUUUAUUUGGCACUUCUAGCCUAACAAACCUGACUGCUUUGUCGUCAGUAUGCUGCCUCAAAGUCUGCGUCCCAAAUUACGGUAACAAAUUCUCAUCCAGCCACGCUUGUGUGAUGGUGGUUGGAGUUUGGUGUUACGCGUCUGUCUUUGCUGUGGGACCUUUGGCCCACUGGGGGAGUUUUGGGCCAGAACCGUACGGAACCGCUUGUUGCAUAAACUGGUACACUCCAUCCCAUGAUGCCCUUGCCAUGUCUUACAUCAUCAGUCUCUUUAUCUUUUGUUACAUUGUCCCCUGUACCAUCAUCAUCCUCUCUUACACCUUCAUCCUGCUCACAGUGAGGGGGUCUCGGCAAGCCAUUCAACAGCACGUCUCACCACAAACCAAAGUGGCCAACGCACACACACUUAUUGUCAAGCUCUCAGUGGCUGUAUGUAUUGGCUUCCUUAUGGCUUGGAGCACGUAUGCCAUUGUUGCCAUGUGGGCUGCUUUCAGCACCAAUGAGCAGAUCCCACCCACCGCCUUUGCACUGGCAGCCAUCCUGGCCAAAUCUUCCACCAUUUACAACCCUAUGGUUUAUCUUCUCUUCAGACCCAACUUUCGCAAAUCACUAAGUAAGGAUACUCAAACUAUUCGCCACAGGAUUUGUUUGAGCCACAGUAAAGCCAGUCCCACACCAGGAAUAAAGGACCGGCAGGUGAAGAACUUUCAGCAGUGCAACAAUAAGGAUGCCAGCACCUCCACACCCUUUUCCAGUGGGCAGGCAGAGAGUUAUGGGGCAUGCCAUGUCUAUGCAGAAGCGGGGCCAAGUUUUCAGCAAAUGAGUCCCCAGAGAACUGCACGUAUUCUAGAGGGCACAGUUCAGAGUGAAAUACCAGUGAGACAACUGACUGACAGAAUGCAAAACGACCUCCUGUGAGAGAUACUCAAGAAAGAAAGAAUGCAUAAAAUGUAAGGAAGGAGGGGAUGAUGUAACGUGUAAAAAUCGCAGAUGUCCUUAGAUGCCCAAACACAAGGACAAAGAAAACUGAAAAGGAAGAAAAUCUCACUGUUGUCUCAGAAUUCUUACUGAUCCUCAGAACUUCCUGCAGAUUUCAGGAAUGUUUCCUGCAAUGUUUACUCAACCAAAUUCACUUCUUUUUAAGAUGUAGAAAGCAUAUUUCCAUAAUGGCAGUUCACACAGAAUGUCA